AUAUUAUUGACAUUUGUCAAAAAAAGGGAAUAGACUGGCAACGAAACGUUUGCAAGAAAUUGACUUUUUUUCAGAAAAUUACCUUAAUAUUAAACUUUAAUUUGUUUCCAGCUUAUUCAAUACAUAAACUAUGGCAGAUCCUUAUAGCGAGUUACAACCAAAUAUGCCGCCUAGUGCCAGCGCCAUGGCACCGCCACCAAUUUUAGCUGGCCCACCACCAGGCAUGAGACCACCCCCGCCUGUAGUUAUGCCCAAUGUACUCAAUAAUUUUCCCAAUCAACAAAUGCCACCACGACAACCGUGGAAUAACCCCCCUCAAGUGGUAGAAACAAAUAAAGGGCCAACGCCAACACAAACGCUGCCCUCGUCGAAUGAUGUUAAUACGAACGGUAAUACGGACAGUGCGGAAAAUCCCACUAAUGGCGAAGGCUCAGAAGAAAAUAAUGACAAAAAGCCGACAGAAGUUAUAUUACCCAAAGCUUUAGAGGAUGUUUUAGCUUUAAAAGACCAACGUGCAGCUGAAUUUAAUGUAAACUCUGAUGAUUUUACCAAUAAUGAUGCCGGUGGUCAACUUGUUAAUGAUUAUGAUGCAGGCGAUGAUUCAGAGGAAGAGGGUGAUUUGCAAACUAACGGCGGUAUUAUGCUGAAGCCGGGAAAACUUAGUAAAGUGGAGAAAAACAAAAAGAAAAAGCGACGCAAGAAGCUAAAUAAGAAACUCAAAAAACAACAAGAACAAAACAGAGCGGAAGAACGUAGCAAAGAUGAUGAGUCGGCGGCAGAACAGGAGGAAACACAAGAUGAAGCCAAAAAUGAAGAUAAAGCAGAAGGCGAUGGUGGAAAUCAAAAAGCCGUUACAAACGAAAAGAAAUCUGAGUCUGUCAAGGAAACCUCAGAGCAAACCACUUCUUCAGAAACCGCUGAAGAUGUAACCAUAGAGUAUGUGCCAGAAAAGAUAACCAUUGCUGAUUUGGCUCCCAUGUAUAGGCAGUUUUAUAGAGUUUUCGAAAUUUUUAAAUUAGAAAAUAAGCCCAAGGUUUCAGAAAAAGAUAAAAUUGCCCCUGAAAGCGCCGAAGGUAAAACCAAUCAGAAAAAUGUUGCAAAUAAGCUGCAGGAUGAGGCUGAAGAAGAUGAAUUAGAUGAGGAAAAUACCGAAGAUAAAGAGAAGCUUUCAAAGCGAAAGUUAAAAAAAUUGACGCGACUUAGUGUGGCUGAAUUGAAACAACUAGUUUCACGUCCCGAUGUAGUAGAAAUGCACGAUGUUACGGCUCGAGAUCCCAAAUUGUUAGUUCAAUUGAAAGCCUAUAGAAAUACGGUACAAGUGCCACGGCAUUGGUGUUUCAAACGUAAAUACCUGCAGGGAAAAAGAGGCAUUGAAAAGCCUCCCUUCGAUUUGCCAGCAUUUAUUAAAAAGACUGGUAUAAUGGAAAUGCGUGAAUCAUUACAGGAAAAGGACGAUGCCAAGUCAUUGAAAUCGAAAAUGCGCGAAAGAGUAAGACCGAAAAUGGGUAAAAUUGACAUCGAUUAUCAGAAGCUGCACGAUGCAUUCUUUAAAUGGCAAACCAAACCGCGCAUGACCAUACACGGUGAUCUCUACUACGAGGGCAAAGAGUUUGAGACGCGCUUAAAGGAGAAAAAACCUGGAGAUUUAUCAGAAGAAUUGCGCAUUGCAUUGGGCAUGCCAGUGGGUCCUAAUGCUCACAAAAUACCACCACCAUGGUUGAUUGCUCAGCAACGUUAUGGUCCACCACCAUCGUAUCCUAACUUGAAAAUUCCAGGUCUUAAUGCUCCCAUACCGGAUGGUUGUUCAUUUGGUUAUCAUGCUGGCGGUUGGGGUAAACCGCCGGUAGAUGAAAAUGGUAAACCAUUAUAUGGUGAUGUCUUUGGCACCAAUAUUAUCGAUAUGGAUAAUGGUGUCGAUGAAGGCGAUAUUGAGCGCAAUCAAUGGGGUGAAUUGGAAUCUGAAUCGGAAGAGUCCUCAGAUGAGGAGGAAGAGGAAGGUGAAGAUAUGGCUAAUCCUGUGGAUGAAAGCGGUUUAGUGACACCGGCCGAAGGUUUAGUUACACCCUCAGGUCUAACGAGUGUGCCAACGGGCAUGGAAACUCCCGAAAAUAUUGAAUUGCGUAAAAAGAAAAUUGAACAAGAAAUGGAGGACAAUGAAACACCAGUCUUGUACCAUGUUUUGCCUGAAAAACGUACUGAUCGCAUAGGUGCUUCUAUGAUGGCCUCUACCCAUGUCUAUGAUGUGGGCGGAGUAAAACAGACUGCCACCAGAACUGCAGUUACUGCCGAUCGCGAAGGUACCGUAGAAUUGGCUUUAGAUCCUUCUGAACUCGAUAUGGAUAAUGAAGCCAUGGCUCAACGUUAUGAACAACAAAUGCGUGAACAACAGAAUCAUUUACAAAAAGAAGAUCUAUCUGAUAUGUUGGCCGAACAUGUGGCACGUCAAAAAUCAAAACGUAAACGCCAACAAGCCGAUCCAGCCAAGACUACGAAAAAAUAUAAAGAAUUCAAAUUUUAGAUUGUACUUGUGUUGAAGUAAGUUUAAUUUAAAAUUAUCUAAUGCUAAACUUUCAUUUUUUUUAAAUAAAAAAAAACUAACCGUCUCCUGGAAUCGUAAGAUCUCAAAUGACGGAGAGAAUACAAUAAUAAAGUUUUCAAUAACAUUUCCAAUA